GGGCAUCCCGUAAAACGUACUAACACGUCCAGAAAACCCUUCCUCCUUCCUCCUGCUUCGUUUCCAGUCUCCUUCUAGGGUUUCUUCUUCUCGCCGCCGCCGCCGUCUUGCCUCUCCGGUUCGCCUCCACUACCCCUCCAGAUCGCCGGCUUCGCAUCCGCGCCGAUGGCUGAGGAACCCGCCACUCAGGGGAAGAAGGAGGAGGAGGAGUUCAGCACGGGGCCUCUGUCCGUGCUCAUGCUGAGCGUCAAGAACAAUACUCAGGUGCUUAUCAACUGCCGGAACAACAAGAAGUUACUUGGUCGUGUGAGGGCAUUUGAUCGUCAUUGCAACAUGGUUCUUGAGAACGUUAGGGAGAUGUGGACUGAGGUCCCAAAGACUGGUAAAGGCAAGAAGAAGGCUCAUCCCGUGAACAAGGACAGGUUCAUAAGCAAGAUGUUUCUCCGUGGGGACUCCGUCAUCAUUGUUCUCAGGAACCCGAAAUGAGUGGGGCGUCGCCCUUGUACACCAGAAGAGUCUCUUUCGUAUGUCGCUGCUAGUCUGUAUGCCAAGUGCUCUAAAUCUGAGAAUGUAAGAGAAGGUUGUUGAGCUGGGAAAUUAGCAGUACUGAUGGUUUGAGUGUUUUGUAGUUGGGAUGUUAAUGAAUUUGCCUCUUGUAUCUAAUUUGCACUUCUAGUUUCUUCUAUUCGGACCAUCAAUAUAUCGCCUGGAGACAAUUUGAAAAUCCAGUCA